CCGACGUUUCCCAUUGUCUCCCACCCAACUCAUCACCAUCCACUCGCCAUGUCACAGACCUCAGAGGCAAUGGACGGCGGCGCAGAGAACCUGCACAAGUUGAGCAUCACCGACGCACGAGCCGUCGACCAGUCCGCAACCGACCCCGACUCGGACGACGACGCUCCGAAGCUGAAGUUCCACCCCGAUUUCCUUGAGCCGAGCACGGCCACCAUCUUUCAGAGCAGCGACGGCGUGUGUUUCCGCUUCGACAUCAGCCGCCUAGCCGAGGUGUCGACGUUCUUUGCCGACCUUAACGAUGUCGGUGGCCUCGUGCACGGACAUGCUGCCAAUGACACCGUCAUUCCGCUCCCGUCCGCGUCCGCCGAGACCCUCCACUUGACAUUCCGGCUCUUGCACCACCACUUCAAGACGGGCUACAAGACGGCCAUUGAUUUCCCGAACCACAAGAUCCUGGACGAGUUCAUCGACGUCGUCAAGGCAUACGACCUAGAGGUUGCGGCAGACCAGUUUAUCUGGACGUUUAAGCCGUCUGAGGACCCUCUCACAUCCGAAGCGCUUCUGGUCGUCUCCGCAGCAGGCAACCUCUGCCAACAUUUCAAGAGGGUUUGCCGAUUGCUCAUCGCCACAACCUCCCUGACACCAUGGGCCGAGCGUCACCUUAACCACUACCCCGAUGCGAUGGCUGCCCUUGUCAAUGGACGAGGCUACUGGUUGAGUCUCCGCUCGAGUUUUCGGAACGCAGUCAACGAGGUGAUCGAUCGUAUGCACGACGAGCACGCUCAUAUCGCAAGGCGCAACCUGAAUCUGAUUCUCCAGCGCCUUUCUGAGUGGGUGCUUGGCGAAACCGAAAUCUAUUCCCUUUACUGGGGAUCAGGUUCUAGGAUCAUUCGUGAGCGACUACACGCCCUUCGUGUCGCCAUCUACGAGUAG